UUCGAAAUCCUUUCCAUCCCCUUUUUACUAUUUUGUUUUCUUUUAAAAGAAAGUAAUAAGAAUCAAUGCCAAUUGACAAUCUACGGCAAACAUUUAAAGCACAUAAACCAAAGGUAAUUGUAUGGUUAAUUGCCUUGCCAUAUAGUUUUUCAAAUAUCUAAUUGCAGUGGCGUGUUGUUUUACAACCAAAGAGAUGAGGCGAAAUGGCGCCCAUUGGCGGCUACCAGCUCACAUCCGCUUAUUUCCAGACUUAACAGUCAUCAGGAAACUGAUUAUCAUUCAAACGACAGCAGGUUUAGGUACAAAGAUAGAUUAUAAAGGAUUUGGUUGAGUGACUUAGCGGUGAUAACGCUGUCUUUGCGUGCUUGUACUGUUAAUCCAAACGUUGCCGUGACUGCCGCGAAUCACGCCGCCUCUCCCCACGAUAAGUGUAAUUGAUAGUCUGAACCCUAAUUCUAACAGCUUUGGCGUGUUGUUGUAUUAUUAGCCACUCAGGCUCUGUGCUGUUAUCUAGUACUGCCUAUGUUAGAUCCUGACAAGAUCUCUUUGGUAAUGCACGGUGACUAGUAGGCUAUCGCCGAUCAGUUCUAAUGGACCUGGAGGUUUUUACCUGAAAUAGUUCCCGUUAGCCGGCAAGAGCUUGUUUUCGUGCGUGUCUAAAGUUGUCUUUAGAUGUUUACUGAAGUGUAACGUAACUGAAUUCGUGCCAUACCUCAAAGAACGUGCAGUCACCUUGGUCACGUCAUGUUCAUCAGCUCAUAAAGCGACUAUUACUUCGUCAGGAUUCUGUUAUUAAACAGUUUACGCAAGUGCCCUAGUAGAGCGACACGAUGCCUAACAUCUCGUCAUGCAGUCUUAACGACUCCUCGUGCGAUGCCAAUUUUCCGCAAAUUCUUCCAUGGUACACGGACGCGUUCACCGUUACGUUCGUGAUACUUUACGCACUGGUAAUAACCGCGACUAUCGUCGGCAACUUACUCGUCUGCGCUGCUGUUGUUGUUAACGCCAAUCUUCGACAUGUCGUGUCUUCGUACUUCAUCGUUUCUUUAGCCAUAUCUGAUCUCGCUACGGCAUGCUUCUCUAUGCCUUUCGACAUGGAGUACCUUAUCACCAGCGGACUCUGGCCGAGAGGGGAAGAUUUCUGUAUUGUGUGGACAACAGUUUAUAUGAUCGCUAUUCCUACAUCGAUCUUAAACCUUCUUGUACUCAGUAUCGAUAGGUAUAAGACACUAAAGGACCCAUGGGACCGGUUUAGGGAAUCUCCAUUUAUUACCAAGAGACGCGCUGUUAUAGCCAUACUAGUAUUAUGGGGGUAUUCGUUGGCAUUUGCACUUGUGCCGAUAACUGGGGUCAAACACUACCCUUCCAGCCUUUACCAAGGAACAUGCAUAUUCAAUAUGGCCCCCAUCUACAGUGUUGUCGGGUCGUUCGUUAACUUUGUUUUACCAAUGCUUAUAAUGUGUUGUAUGUACUACAAAAUAUUUCGAAUUGCGCACACCAAAUAUAGAAUGCCCUCGAGGCCAAAACGCGACAUGCAUCAGGUUAUGCAGCUGCCUGCUAUGAAUGAGGAGUCGAAAUCACCCCCGGACGCCGAGAAGGUUCCGCCCGCCGUGAAUAACAUCAGAAACUCGACUAAACUCAGAUCACGCAAGAAGAGCGCGAAGAAAAACAACAAUUCUCCCGAAAAGGCCGGUUUAGAAAACGCUGGGUUUGAAGAAAGUGAGCUGGAAUCACCCCGGGUCAGCGUACUGGUGCACCGGGGCGUCACGGAGAGAGAGAGCGUAACGCAAUAUGUGCAUCGGGACGUCACGGAGAGAGAGAACGUAACACAACCUGAUCUUAACAACGUGAAGCGGGCGCAGUGUAAUGACGAUGAUAGAGAGAAAAAGCGUGAUAGAAUAGAUGAUAAGAUACAAAUUGCAAAGGCAGGGGAUCGCAGCGAAGGCGACGGAGAGGAAGCGACGACGCCUAACGAUUAUAUGGAGGGCGAUAAAGAUAGAAGAGAUACUAGCUGGUGUCAAACAACAGACGAUGAUGACUCCCGCGAGGUUGAAUCUAUCGAUGCUGAAAACGCAGAAAUUAAGAACGUAAAUUCAGUUGCAGUUGCUUCUAAUACUGAUAAUGCGAACGACGACGAUGACAAUAAUGAUAAAACAUUCUCUAAUCAAAUAUGCACAGCUGUUGAAAGAGAGGGCAGUGGGUUAUUGAGCGAUCGCCGGAGCCAAAGCGGUGGCAAGGAACGCAGUGUACAUCCACUGCAUAGCAAGGUCCACGCCGCUGGUCCAUCGCCAAACAGCGACAAUUCAUCUGGAGCAGCAUCUACAGGGUUCCCAGCUUCGAGAAGCUCCAUUCGCGUAGAAAUCGCGAACAAUGACAGUGAUACGUCAUCCGUAGGUACUUGUGACACUACAGGUAGCCCGGUUCCUGGGAUGCCCUCUAGCAAAAUGACAUACACCGGAGGUGAAACCCCAGAGGCAUUCCGCAAGCGCUGCUCCACAAUGCAAACAGACGUAGAGACUGAUACGAAACGGAAAUCCACAAUAGAGCUCACCGCGCCAGCAACAAACCAAGAGCCUCCACCAGAACCCAUGAACUUUGGCUCGAUGGAAGAUCUAACCAUACGCCGGAAGAAGUACUUUGUGAAGAAUGCCAAGGCGGCGCGCACUAUUUCCGUCAUCGUGGGCGCGUUCUUGCUGUGCUGGGGCCCGUUUGUCUUGUUCAGUAUUGUGAUGAAUAUCUGCUGGAUGCCGUGUGCGAUGGCCGUACCCUAUCACGUGCACCACGUGUUCCUCUUAAUGGGCUACAUCAACUCCAUGGUUAACCCUCUGCUGUUCAGCUACCAGAACCAUCAGUUCAGAAAGGCGUACUGGAAGAUAGCGAUGACGGUGUUCCCAUGCGUUAAACACAAUGAGGUAUUACCAAGGUGAUAUAAGAACCAUCAGUUCACAGAAAGGCAUACUGUAAGAUAGCGGUGAUGGUGUUCCCAUGCGUUUAACACAAUGAGCUGUUACCAAGGUGAUAUAAGAACCAUCAGUUCAGAAAGGCGUACUGAAAGAUAGCGGUGAUGGUGCUCCCAUGCGUUCAACACAAUGAGCUGUUACCAAGGUGAUAUCGCACAAGUGCACGACAGAUUUUCUGUCUAGUUCCUGGCAUUCUGGGUCCGCUCAGAGGGCGACGACAGCCCAUCAUAACAUCCUCUCUAAAACUUUCCCAAAGACUUUCCAAUUCUGAUAUUGAUAGAUGUAAGUCGUCAUUCUAUCAUUCUCGUCUAUUUUCCUCUAGGUUUUAGUUCUGGUGCUCCAAAAGUUCAGAUGUGAUCGAACACUUGAUCUAGAUUAUGUGUAACUAGUGCAGGUUGGGGGAUAUAAGUAUUAUUCGAAUGUACACAAUGAAUUUGAUUUUGAUUAAAAGUUAAAAUGAAAGUA